GGGACACGUUGGCCUGAUUUGACAUCUCUCUUUUUCCCCCCUCCUGGAAUAUUUCUGCCUCCAGAGAAGAUGGCUGCGACUCCAGUGGGCUCUGGCAAGGUGACCCUGUUCCGCCAGGAAGGGGGUGUCACCUAUCGCAUCCCAGCUCUGCUCUACCUGCCCUCGGAGUCCACCUUCCUGGCCUUUGCAGAGGAGCGCUCCUCGCCCCGGGAUGAACACGCCAAGUUCCUGGUGAUGCGUCGCGGACAGAAAGAGGGUACCUCUGUCAAGUGGGGCCCCCAGGAGCCUCUGGGGACAGCCGGACUGCCCGACCAUCGCACCAUGAACCCGUGUCCAGUGUACGACAAGAAAAGUGGCAUCGUUUUCCUCUUCUUCAUCUGCGUCAAGGCCAAUAUUUCGGAGUGGAACCAGCUUAGAACAGGGAGGAACGCGGCCAGGCUGGGCUACAUCUCCAGCCAAGAUGGUGGCCGCACAUGGAGCCCCACGACAGACCUGACUGAGCAGGUGAUUGGUGACGGCAUGAGGAACUGGGCUACCUUUGCUGUGGGACCAGGCCAUGGCGUGCAACUGAGUUCUGGGCGGCUGGUCAUCCCAGCCUAUGCCUACUACAUCCACAAGUCUUUGUUUGGCCUCUUCACGUGGUCGGUCAAGCCCCAUUGCUUGAGUUUCUACAGCGAUGAUGGUGGCCAAACUUGGGCUCGGAGCCAGCUCCUCAAGGGCUUGAAGACGUCCGAGUGCCAGAUGGCUGAGGUGACCUGCCAGGACAACAGGCGGGUGUUAUAUUGCAAUGCCCGGAGUUUGCACAAAUUCCGGGCUGAGGCCCACAGUAUGGACGAUGGCCAACACUUUGCGAAUCACUCCCUUUGCAAAGAAUUGUGUGAACUGCCGUAUGGAUGCCAAGGAAGCGUAGUGAGUUUCUUCCCGAUGCGGGAGCCCUUGGAUCAGGGCCAAAAGAGGGACCCAAAGGGGUUAGCACCGCAGGUGGGCGCUUCUCCAUCCUCUGCUUCCUCCGAGCAUCCCAAGUCGUGGCUGAUGUACUCCCACCCCACCAGCGGAAAGAAGCGUGUGGAUCUGGGGAUCUACUUGAAUACUUCUCCGAUGGAGGAGGGCCACUGGAAGUCCCCUUGGGUCUUGAAUAAAGGACCCAGUGGGUACUCGGACCUGGCUGUAUGUGAAGAGGGAGAAUCACGCGUGUUCGCGUGCGUGUUUGAGUGUGGAGUGUCCAGGGAAUGCGAGGAGAUUGCUUUUCACCUCUUCACUCUUGAUGAGCUCCUGAGGAACGUGAGGGACAGCUGCUGCGCUGCCACACCUCCCUCAACAAAGUAGCUCUCCAAAUUUUGGGACGGUUCAGCGCUUGGCAUCAGACCGUGAGGCUCCUACCCUUUCUUCCCCAUAUCUUCUGUAUUAAUCCACUGGCGUGCAAUUACAAGAUAGAGGUUUUAAGAGAUGGCUUUUGGGGAUGCCAAACCAACCAGCCAGUUUCUCCUCUUCAGAAGAACACCAAGUGCCUCCUGCUUUGGAACCCGUCCUCCUUGGAUAGAUGCAAAGGCUGGUCAACCGUUUAAGACCAAUUGUUAGGCUUUUACCGAAGGAUUUGCAGCUCGGAUGGAAUUUGCAUAUUAGUUAUCUGCUGGUUUCCUCUUCUGCGUUUUCAGGAAGUUUGGGAUGCUUAACAGUGGGUGAGCAGUGCCUGCAUCUCAACAUAAAUGGGUGAUUCUCUCCUCCAGAAAACACCAGCCAACGGAUGAAACUCCUGAUUUCAGAACAACUCCCAUGGAGUCUUGCCAGUCACCAUUUAAAAAAAAAUGGAUUUCAAAAAAUUUCAUCGUGCAGGUACAUUUUACCAUGCCCAUAAUGUUUGUUACAAGCUGUUUGCAGGAUGCUUAUAUAAACAAUGAAAUUCCACCAUUCCUUGAAAACACUGAUGCACUGCUUUGCCUUGUCAUAAAUGGAUGUGAAAUGAAAAAUAGACUUUUUCAAGUAACACUAUAGACAAGAUCUUACCCUGCCAUCGGUCCACUUAAAUAUUAUCCCGAUAUUUCCAUUCUUUGGCUCAACUACAGAUAGCAAACUUAGUUUUAGAGAGAGCUGAAUCUUUUGUUUAGUGAUGUAAAACACUUCUUUAAACAUGUCCUUCCAAAAAUCUGAUCUUUAUCGCAUUCCCACCAAAGAUAAAAGAAUGUUCAUCUCCAUUUAUAACCCUGCCUGCAUGUCACUGAAUAUUGAGAAGUUACACGUGAGAUUCUUUUUUUAUAUAUAACUUUAUUAAAAUUUUAAAGAAGGAAGAUAAAAACAAACGAGAAUCAAUAUUCAGAAUAAAGAGGUGGAAAGAAAGAAAACAGGUAAGAAAAAGAGAAAAGGGCAAAAGUGCAGGCAGAAAAGAAGAAGAAAAUAUAAAGAAGUGACUUCCGAUUUUCUUUUACAAGUUAUAAGUACAAAUUUAAAUUAACCUCUUACUCUAUGGUUACAGCAUUACUUACAGGUUUUCUAUAAUCUAUUUUUUUCUAAUCUUGAAAACCAUAUACAGUAUCAUAAUUUCAUUUUUUUCUGUUUCACGGAAAAAGUCAGAAGUUGUAUGUCAGACUCUUAACUGGGUUGAUGCCACCAGUUAAGACGUAUUUCCCCUGUGGAUGUAAAUAAAAAUAUUUGUAAUGCUACCAGAGAGACUACCAAGUCAUCUAAGGGUCCCAGACUUGUUUUUGCUUUGGGGUAGAUUCGCUAUAAUCUAUUUCACAUAAAAUUGGAUACUUGUUUGAAAUUAUGCCCUUAGAUUCUGGGGG